AUGAAGAUACUCAUCUUACUAGUCCUUGCUUUAGGUGUUUUCAGUACAAAUUCUUGUGAGCAUUGCAUAAGACUUUGCCAGUAUAAUUUUGAUUAUAUAGCCAUGAUUGAACAAAAUUAUUGCCAAGAAGAUCUUACGUGUGAAAAAUUUCUACGGGAGAUUUCGUUAACUCCCCCCCCAUCCUUGAUCGAACGAUUUUCAUAUCAUGACAAUUUUUAUAUAUAUAAAAAUAUAAUAGUUAUCAAAAGCUAGGGAAGAUGUACCUAAUGAAGUUGUUUUUCAGAGACUUUGAGACGAUAGAAAGCUUCGGAAUCAACUAUUCAAAGUAAUUUAGUCAUCAACAUGGGCUUAAAAACUCAAUAAUCUAAUAAAAUAGAGAUUUUUUUAAAAUUUUUAAAAAACAAAUUUUAAUUUAAUAAGUAACAAAUUAAAAUUUAUACAGUUUAAAGGGGUAACUAAUAAAUUAAAAUAUAAAAAAUUGGUAUUUUUAUGAAAUUAAUUCAAUUUUUUGCUGUAAAAAUAAUUUAUUAAAUACUCUUAACCCUCUUAUUUAAAAGUAAAUAAAAAAAAAAUUUAUAUAUAUAUUUUAUUUUAUAUAUAAUUUUUUUUUCCCAAAAAAAUGUUUUUUUAACCCCCCAUCCUUGAUCGAACGAUGGCGAGUCGUUCGAUCAAGGAUGGGGGGGAGUAAGAUAUCUUUCAAAUCCUGGAUCACAAAACCCAUGCAGUAGAGAUCCGUAUCAUAAUGACUGCAACUCAUAUGGUAUGAAAGUAUGCUCAGAUAUCUUGGGAAAUUCUUGCGGAGGUAAUAAAAGCUUUUUGCCUAAUAAUGAGCUGUCAAGCAUAACUCAUAUUGUCUCCCUGAAGGAACAACUGAAUAGGCUUGACAGUGAAGCUUCAGACGUAGAAAAGCAGCUGCGAACUGAAAUAACAAGGCAAAAGCAGAAGUAUUUGAGUAUUAUUGAUAGGCUAAACAACUUACAAGGCGGAAUAUAA